CGGUCCGCUCGGUCAGGCCUCGCCCUGUUCGUCUCCCCGUCUGCCUCAUCGGAACAGAAUGUGGGAAGAGGUGAUGUAAUGUCACUCAUUCUUUCACCGGAAGACCAAACAAAGUUCAUGGGCACCGGACAGCACACUGCAUGGUCAUCUGGGUCCGGUUACAACUGCAGUGGGAGAACUUGCCAAACAGGUUGUAGGACCGCCUUUAAAGCACGAAUCCACCUGCAUCCAUAGACGUUAUAAAUGCGCGCAGUUCCGCCUGAGAACAAGAAGCAACCAGAAGGGCACAAACACUCAGCCAAGGGACAAACUAACGCACCAGCGCGGCUCGCCUGACUCACAGGACAGCCAAUCCCAGCAUUACAGGCGAGCAGACGCUUCCUUAAGCCGAUCAGCCCGGAAUUAAAGCAGGGCAGUCACUGAGGAAAACCAACCGAGACAAGAGACUCGGGUCUUCGCUUUCAUUUCUGUUCAGAAGAAGAAACAAAAAACAAGUCUCGUCAAGAUGAUGAUGCAGCUCCAAGAAACCCCCAACCAGAAAAACUCCCUCUUCAACGCCAUGAACCGCUUCAUCGGCGCCGUCAACAACAUGGACCAGACCAUCAUGGUGCCCAGCCUGCUGCGGGACGUCCCGCUAGAGGAAGACAGGGUGAUGGGCUCUUUGAAGUCGGACGAGGACGAGGGGGACAUGUACAGCUACUACCAGCUGCUCAAAUCCAUCCGCAGGGACAUCGAGUGGGGUGUCAGAUGUGCUGCGGCGGACGAGAGGCGCAAAGAGAGCAUGAAGAUUACCCGCACGAACUCGUCCGCAUCCACCUCCUCUUCCGCAUCACUGUCAUCCGAGGAUGACGACGAGGAGGAAGACGAGGAUUUGGAGAAGCAGUUCCAGUACCACCUGACCGGGCUGCAAGGGGUGCUGUCCAAGCUCACACAGCAGGCCAACUCUCUCACCAAGCGCUACAAAAAGGAGAUUGGGAUCGGAGGAUGGGGACAGUAAGCCCGUAAGGAUCCCAGACAAUCUGAAAGUGCAGAUGUUUUUUUUUUUUUUAUUUCAUUGGCUGGACUGACUUCUCUCAAUAGGCCUAUUUUUUUUAACUGCUGCUGCUACUACUGAUGAAAUUUACAGCCAAACGUUUGAAUUAUGGAGAAAAGGGCAGCUUGUUCCUCUCUUCAGGCCUACAUGGUGUCGGUCUACUCUGUGGUAUUGACUGUAGAUGUGUUGAUCCUGAGGAAAGCAUUUGUGUACUUAACACCUGACUUAUAUGUUUUGCACUCCACAGUGUUGUACACACAUUGCAUUCAGUUGUGAUACACAGAUGAAACAUAUUUAAACCAUUAUUUAAUGUCUUAUUUAUUACCUCACGCUGUACGUCUGAGAGCCAAAUGUUAUGUUAGAGAUGGAGAAAGGGUGACCUGCAUGAACUACAGGACCUGAUGUUUGAACCACCCCUCUGAGCAGGGCGAUACUGACAAGAGAUUUAGCUUCCUCUGUGUGAUUCUGAUGAUGUCAGUGUGUUCAGAUGUGUUUGUCUUUGUAUGACCAGUACUCCUUCAAAUCUCCUUCAAGUCUGUGUCUUUAAAUUGUGCUUGCAUGGAGGGAGGCAGAUGCUUACUGUAUGGCUGCCUAUGAUCUCCUAAUGUCCUACAUGGUCAGUGAACCAGAAUCAACUGAUAAUUCGUCUGCAUAGAGAGUAAUGAGGGUUACCAAGGGACGCUUUGUUGUUCCUGUCAUUUAUUUGCUAUUAUCAUGGUACUGAUGGAGACGCCCAUCUGUCAAGAGAAGCAAAUGCUUUUGUAUGCACCUUCUGUGCCAUUUUUGUACUGAUGUUUGUUUAUAAAAUAAAUGUUUAUAUUAACUUAC